AUGAUCCAAAAACAAGAAGACAAAUUCGGUGCUCUUUACGAAGGCACGGAUUCCACAUCAGACUUGGAUAAUGUCUCACUUCAAACAUCUUCAUCACGCUCAGAUGGUGAAUCACCAGCACUGCCUUUGAAGCAACCUGUUACUAUUGGUAGCACUGACUCCAGGGACAUCCGUUCCUUGAUGGAUCUCCAUGCCGAAGACGACUUUCACAACAGGAGACUCUCCGAUCAACAUGUCUCUGAGAUCUUUCUUAGGGAAACGAAUAGCCUCUACUCCAAUACAAAAUCAUCCAAGAUAUCCUUUUUCGUCGAGGAUCUGCAAGCACUUUGUGAUAGAGACGAGGCCCAAGAGACUGCCCCUUCCAAGCAUUCUUCUUCCGGUAUCUUGAUCAAGACCUGUAGCUUUGGUGGAGUGGAGAUCCGAGAGUAUCCAAUCAUCCCGGGUGACAGUCCAGCUGGAUUCAAAGGACCUCCACUCACCAUCGAUUGGGCUCCUAUUUCCACCGUUCGCUUUCCAAAUGUCGACAAGUACGAAUCUGUUCGCAGCAGACAUCGUCGGACCAUCAAGGAGCUUUCCAUACCGGCUAGUCAACGCAUGACCAUUUUGACCAAUCAAGGCUAUACCCAAUCCGAGAUUCAAAAAAGCACCAAGGACGCAACGCGUGCAAGGCGCCAACGCAGGAUAACAAUGUCUACCCUCAAAUAUCAGGUUAUUAUGGAGAAGAUCGAAUCAAUUCAAAGAAAGACUGUCAACGUUUUGACCUUUGGACAACACAACAAGGACCAGAAGGAAUACCUAAAGAAAUAUCUUCCUUCUCACGGUGUCAUCCCUACUCCCAUGGUAGCAUAA